ACAUUUAGCUUCCUUUCAUCAAUGCAACAAAUCCUCUUCUGGAACUCUCUCUCUCUCCCUCUCUCCCUCUCUCUCUCUCUUUCUUACGUAGUCGACUCCUGCAUAUCGAAGGCUUCAGUUCUUAGAAAAUGCAGAGGGAUAGAGAAAGAGCAGAAUCCAACAAUUCAGGAGGCCCUUUUGAUGGUUUUGGGGGCUUUGGAGGUUUUGGACCUCAAAGGAGCAUUAUGUCUAGUAUUUUUGGAGGAAGGGAUCCAUUUGAUGAUCCGUUCUUUACUCGUCCUUUUGGCAGUAUGUUUGGAUCUAGCAUGUUUAAUUCAGGGAGUCCUUUCAGAGAUUCACCACAGAUUAGUAGCUCAAAGGAACCAAUUAUUGAGGAACUACAAUCUGAUGAUGAAGAAGAGGAAUCUGAUGAUACUAGUGCCAAGGGGAAGGGUGUAACUAAAACGCAUAAGCAUGCGGAGUCGAACAAACAGCCACAUGUUGAGCACCCAGAUGACAAGCCUGAUGAGAAUAAGAGCAAGGAUGUGACUUAUAGGAGUGACUACAACAAGGUUGAAGGUUCAAAACCUCAGGCUCGGAGUGUUAGCUUCCAGAAAGUCACAUAUGGUGGUAUAAAUGGGCCUUAUUACAGUGCUACAACAACACGAAGGACUGGCAGCGAUGGAGUGGUGCUAGAAGAGUGCAAACAAGCGGAUAGAACAACUGGUCAAGCAGAACACAGGAUCUCUCGAGGAAUGCUUGACAAGGGCCAUUCAGUUACAAGGAGGCUUAAUUCUGACGGUAAGGUGGAUACAAACCAGACCUUGCAUAAUUUGAAUGAAGAUGAUCUUGCUGGUUUUGAACAAGCUUGGAAGGGUAAUGAAGAGAGGCAUUUUCCUGCUUGGGAUGAUGGGUCCACCUUCAAUGAUGCCACAGGGUCUGGCAGCAGCGGACCAAGUGGAUGGGCAAGCAGAAGUAGUUUGGCUCUUCCAUUUGAGGGGUUUUCUGGAGGGACUGGAAGAAGGGGAGCUUAUAAUGAACCUAGGACGCCGCCUUCUAGUGGUCGGCCUAAAAAAGUUGUCACAAUUAACAUUGAAUAAGAGUGCAUGUUAAUGCGGCAUACCUCUUAGUAGUAGUGGUCGUCGUGGUGAUAGUGGUGCCGGCGCAAGUUCGUCAGCUGCUGAGGACAUUUGCUUCCAAUGGACAUCGCAUAUUUUAUGCAGCAUUCUUCUUCUUGGACUCUCUUUCGUUUGAGAUAUUAUUACUUGAAACGAGGAUGGAAAUGGAAAAUGUCGGGUGACUUGGAAUUUGGAAACCAAAUUAAAAA